AUGACCAGCGCCAUGGACCUGUGGAGUCAGAACUUCGAGAACCUGUUGUCAGGACCCAAGCUCCCGCCCAUCAAGGAAGAUGCCAGCCAGCUCGGGAGCCCGCCGAAGGAUACCCUGCCUCAGCGGGGCGCGGAGCAGGACGAGGAGUUCGAGCCAGUCGAGGGCCGGCUGCGCCAGCUGAGGAAGCUACGAUCCACUACGGCGGCGCGCCUCCAGAGGGCGCACUUGCUGACGGUGGGGAGGGCGCUGCUGCUGAGGUGGAGGCUGCUGAAGGCGAAGGCCAAUGCAGCUGCCAUGAAGCAGAAGGCGAAGGAGGACAAAGAGAAGAUCGCGGAGCUGAAAAAGAAACUUAAAGAGCAGAAGGCUGAGUACGGCAACUUGAGCCAGAACAUGGCGAAGUACAGGUACGACCACCCUGGCAGCCAGUGGUCCCAGCUGUGGACCUCUGCGAAGUCUCUUCCACCACUCGAGCAGCUCGUUGCGAAGGAGAAGCUCAUGAAGUUCUACGCCACUACCAUCUCGAGGAGCCGCCACACCCUGAGCUCGAAGAGGAAGCAGGAGACCGAGGACGCGAAGACGACCGUGACCGUGAACUUCAGGGACCUUUGCGCCAGGUGGACGCUCGAUCCUAGCGCACCUGCGGCCUGGGAGGAGAUCGAGACUGCCGUGAAGAUGCAGUGGGUCAAGCAGAAAAAGCUGCCACCCAAGAAGCUCAAGCUGGCAGAGGAGCUCGGACCCCCCGAGGUUGCCAAGUUCGACUACAUCAUCACGGAGGCAACUGUGAAGGCGAGCAACAAGAAGUCCAGGGUCGAGGAGUUCCGUGAACAGAAAGACGUCGAGGGUGAUGAUCGUGAGAACUUGCGCGCCGAGCACUUUCCGCAGCAGAACGCAGAGAGGCCGCAGCGCCAGCAGCGUGCGCGUGGCAAGAAGGCCUCCCAGAAGCUCUCCGAGGAUCCUCCUGCAGGGAUCCCUGCUGAGGAGCCGCCUGUGGGUGGCCGUGAGGGGGCCGAUGCAGCCGCCUAG